CUGCAACUUUCUUUUGCAUGACACAAAAAGAACACGUAUGCAGCAUAGUGACCCUUGCACUCGACGCUGACUCGACUCUGAGCACGAGCCUGGCAAAACAGCUGAGAGGAAAGUUUCGACAAGCCCGAUCGAUCCAGCUAUCAUUAUUUUUGUUAGACAAGCAAGCAAUCGUUGGUAGAGUGACAUUAUAAUACAAAGGGAUCCAAGCGAUCAAACUCAACCUUAACCAUGCAGGGAAACAAACCUAAUGAUGCUGAAGAAAGCCAACCACAGCCACCAGCAAGUCAUGCAGAAGCUGUAGCAACCAGCGAACUGCAGGAUCUCGAUGAGUCGAACUAUUCACAGUCAACAACAGAAUUCGAUGUCAUUGACAAAGCACUCAUGAUAAGUGCUUCUGGUGGCGCUUGUGAAGCCGGCGAGGCGGAAUGUCGAAAGCUACUAGCUUUUGAACAAGAAGCAAGAGCAUCAAGGGAAAACUCUAUAGAUAGUGAGACAGACGCUCUAAAUAUGGAAGAAGGAUUGGAUCCUCUGGACCUAGUUAAAAUUGUGGAAGCCCGCCUACAAGAUUCGGAUGCUAGUCCUGCCGAACAAGACACUGAGACUGCUUCAGUUGUGGCAGGAACACAGGGAUACGAGGAAGAAAGUUUAUCCUCGCUCGACGUGGUCAAAAUGGUGGAGGCUCGUCUCCAAGAUUCAGGUCUCAACCGCGGCGAAAAUACUACCUCUCCAGACCAGGACAAUUCCCCAUCAGCUGAAAACAAAAUCGAACAGAAGAACCACCACAAGGAACAAAAAGUGAGCAAUAUUUCGAGCACUGGUGAGGCCAAAAAAAUUGGAAUUGGCCUUGACAACAGGGACUUAGUUCGUUUCGAUACGGCACAAAAUGAUGGCAAUCAUGGAGUUUUGCCUUUGCCUCCGGCUGAACCGAACACUGUCAACAGAAGACCCCAAGCACACCCAGGAGCCUUUGCAAUUGGAGCCUUUGCAAUUGGAAACAAUCAAGCAUUAGAAGAAUAUCUCGAAGCAGCAGUGACAGACAUUGAACCAGCGACAACUGGAGCACCUAUGAUCCAACCAGAAAAUGGCAAUCCUGGCUUGGCUGUGGCAAAUUUGGUUCAACAUGAGACAACCGCUCAGGAUCUGCCCCAUGCUCAAGAUUAUAAUCCGGACAACGUCAUCAACACCAGAGAAAAAAUGAUGAAGCAAUUCAAAACCAAGGUCCUCUUGGGAGUCAUUGCCUUGUUGGCCAUCAUUCUCAUUUUGGUAGCCAUCCUGAUUCCUCCACGCAAAGAGGAUAAUGCAGGUCUUUUCCCAACAACCGCACCUAAUGGCUUGCCCAGCAGCAGCCCAUCUCAGGGACCAUCAUCAUAUUCAGAGUACUGGCUGUCUCUUUUCCCUGAAUCAACAGUCUCUGCAAUUUUGGAGGAUCCAGAAUCGCCCCAGUCGAUGGCAUUUGAAUGGCUCACGGAAGAGAUCGACAUCCUACAAAACCUUACACGGGGGAGAGUUGUACAGCGGUUUGCACUUGCAACUUUCUAUUUUGCCAACAGUGAAGAACGAUGGUCCUUGAGUGACAAUUGGCUAAGCCACAGUGUUCAUGAGUGCCUCUGGUAUUCAAGUUUGGAGGACUAUUAUUUCAUAUUUGAGGCCAACCUAGUUUUCCCACUGAAUCACCUCAGUCCCUGUGAGCAAGAUCCAGCUGGAUAUCUAGAGGAAGGCAUCUUGUACCAGGGAGAUGGAAUCCUGAAGCACUUUUGGCUGUCCUUUAUUGGCCUGAUGGGAUCCGGGAUUCCACCCGAGCUCUACUUGCUUACAGAACUCAAGAGCUUGGCAUUGGAUGGAUUCAACCUUACCAGCACAAUCCCAGAAGAGCUAUCUGGCCUUCCCAGUUUGCAGUAUAUUUCCAUGGUCAGUUGUGGCCUUUAUGGCUCCAUUCCAGAAGCACUCGGAAGUUUGUCAAGACUUUUAGCAAUUUACUUUGCCUUCAACUCUUUGACGGGAACUAUUCCAUCAUCCCUGUUUUCCCUUACCAACUCCAUUAGAGGCAUGGCUCUAUUAGGAAACCAGCUGACAGGACCAUUACCAACAACAGAGGUGGAAAUGCUGACUGAUUUGCAGGUUAUGUGGCUUGGUGGCAACCUUUUCACUGGGACCAUUCCCACAGAGCUCGGGCAGCUGACUCUCUUGAAUUAUUUAGGUCUUGAAGAACUCAUGUUGAGUGGCUCUAUCCCAAAUGAGCUUGCAGUUCUUACAGACAUGGCACUUCUGCAACUGGAUAACUCAGGUCUUCUAGGGACAAUCCCUAGAUGGCUUGGCAACAUGACAUCCAUGGACACAUUGACACUGUCAGACAACUCCUUUACUGGGACUAUCCCAACAGAGCUUGGCCUGCUGACAAAGAUGUGGACCUUAUGGCUUGGUGUGAAUGCUUUGUCGGGCACCAUCCCAAGCGAAUUUGGAAUGUACGAGGAAGCCCUUGUGUUCACCUUGCACAGCAAUGACCUGACAGGAACCAUUCCUACAGAGUUUGGUCUGCUCACUGGUUUAGAUCAGGUGUGGCUGUUUGACAACAAUUUGACUGGAACAGUGCCUUGGGAACUUGGCAAUGUCCCGUUCGGUGCACCUUAUGGUCAUGUCUUUUUGGAUGGAAAUGAUCUUUCUGGUAUUAUCCCUGAGAGCUUAUGUUCUGCCAACAACCUUACUUUUGACUGCAGCACCUUUCUGUGCGGAUGUGACUCAUGUAACUGUUCUGACUUUAAAACAUUGCCGAUACUGGAGGAAGAGAAUACGGGUCAGCUGCUGAGUGAGGCAAACCAAACUGAGGGGAACCGAACUGAACCAUGAGCGAAUGACUAAAUAUUGUCUGUUGAUCAUCAUACUAUACUACGUGUCUGCAUAUAGUUUUUUUAAAAACCUACUUUGAAAGUAUUCUGUGUUACUGCUCA